AAUUUUUAUGCAUAUUGUGCAGUGUGACAUUGAAGGGAAGGAAAUAUAUUUAUGCUCGUUAUGAAGAACGGAGGGAUUUGGAUAUGUUUGGUAGUUGUGAAUGUGUUUGUAAUCGUGGUUGGACAAGGACCGGGUCCACCGGUACAAACCCCACCUGUAGGUUCAGGCUCGAAUACCGGAGCAGCAACUGGAGUAGCAGCUGAUCCAUGGAUGCAAUUAAUGCUGGCUUACCAGAAUAUGAUGACAUCAAUGAGAUUUGGUAACAAUGGUAUCAUGGGCAAUCAAAAUAUGAUGACGUCAUUUCCGUAUGCAGCAUGGGGAUGGGGUGACGAUGGUGACGAUAUAUUUGAUGACUGAUAAGAUUGGAGAAAACAAAAAUGAAACAAACAAGGAAAAAACAUCUGACAAUAAUCCAAUAAUUGAAAUGUAUUGUUUAUUGAAAUACUCUUAUUUAUACUUCAAAGUCUUUAUAACACAAUUAUAGUCAAUUUUUCCCUGCGGUCUGGAGACCGCAGGGAAUUGGUACGCGUUUAACUUUUGAGGCAUGGAGGAACACGUGACCUGUUUUCGUUAAAUGGAGGAGCAUGUGAUCUGUAAACCGUACAUGAUUGGUUAAUUGACCUUUUCGUAAACCUAGCUAAAUAACGUUUGCCGGUACGUUACGGAUUUACCUGUAGGGAAUUAGUCCGAAUUACACCUAAUUAAGAACAAAAAACUAUUGCGUGAUAUUUCUAAUUUUCUAUAAUUAUUUUACCGUUUAAGGUGGAAAAACUUGAAUGAUGUGUUUGAAAAUUAUCAAUGUUUCUUUAAUAUCUAUCUCAAAUUUUACAAACAAUAAAUUGUUUAUACUGAAAAUCUACAAAAUUAAAAUAUUCGUAGUGGCAUCUGCCAUAAUAAAUAGAGAUAUUUUCUGCGUAAACUUGUGUGUUUACUUUAUUUAUUUUUUGCUCGGAAUAAUUCAUAAAAUGGUAGGCCUAUUUAAUCAUUUUCUUAAAAAGAAAUAAUUGUUUUAUGUUCGACCUUCUCCGGUCUUCAACGGUCACCAGUUUCCAAAGACCUUCUUCUAUAUUGAUCGUUUAUUCAAUUGUCAACUAUAUUCCUGAUACAAACGUUUAUUUAUCCCCCCACCCCCAAAUAAUGUUGAAAA